AAAGGAAAUGGGCUUAGAAAAGGCGGUCUGAGACAUAAAUAUAGGUGUCGUUAUCGGGGAAGAAGCCCCCAUAACCCAGAAAUUGAACGAUCAAAAUCUCUCAAAAAAAUCUUGCUUGUGAAUCCCUAGCUCCCCCACCCCCUCUCGGAUCGCCAUGUCGAUGAUUCCGUCCAAGGUCGCCGUCCAUACCCGGUACUUACUCGAUAACUUCAAUGAUUCCGAUGUCGACUCAAUCGCCCAAGAGAUCUGCCAGUUGGUUGAUUAUGGUGUUGAGGCAAGCAUCCCUGUGCUCAAGACGUGCGUAGAUUGCUUCACCGUCCGGAGAAGCCACGCUAAUACGCUGCAGCUUGAGAAACUAUUAGCCUUGGUCUUCAAACGUGUCCUCAAAUUGCCUAAUCUCGGAACCCUGCUUUCUCACGCACUCCAAGAUGCUGACGUCACUCCUGAAUUCGUUCGUGAUUUGGCAACUGCUUUGGGCUUUUCAGUCUCUGAUAAGAUUACCUUUGCUCUUGCCCUGGUUGAUUUUGAAACUUCUCAUGCUAAGACUAGUGGACGAAACUUAUUAUUGGCGGAGAUUGAGCAACUCUGUGCUAACAAUGGCCAGGUUGAGUCAACUGAGCAAAUUCAGAACGUUGUUUUGUUUCUUCAGACGUCCGAGGAUCUCUCCGGGCAUUUGGAGUCGUUCCUUCGGCUUCUGUCUUCCUCUCAACCUAGAGAUGACUUGUCUUUUGCUCUUACGCCUCUCCUCUCUCCAUUCAGGAGCAUUGAUUCUGCUGAGGACGACUUUGAUGCUGUCCUAGCUGAAAUCGAUAAGGAAGUUGGUGUUGGAGAUCUCAUUGGAGAAUUAGGCUGUGGUUUCACUGCUGAUGCCCAACAAUGCAAACACUUCUUGUCUAGUUUCGCACCCCUAAGAGAGGCUACUAUCUCAAGAAUUCUUGGUCAUGUGGCUCGUACCUCUGCCGAUCUUGAAGAUAAUCACACCACCUUUUCAACAUUCAGUCUGGCCGUUGGUUGCUCCAUUCCAACUGAUCUGCCCACGCCAACGCCAACGUCGUGGAAUGUUGAUAUCUUGAUUGAAACAAUCAAGCAGCUUCAGGCUCCUGGCACAAGCUGGAGGAAAGUAAUCGAGAAUCUCGACCAUAGUGGAUUUGACAUCCCUAAUAUGGAGUCAUUCUCGUUUUUCAUGCGGCUAUAUAAAACUGCUUGCAAGGACCCAUUUCCUCUUGAUGCUGUAUGUGCUUCUGUCUGGAACAAUAUGGAAGGUCAAUUAUCCUUUCUUAAACAUGCAAUAGCAGCUCCACCAGAAGUAUUUACCUUUACGCAUUCUCCAAGGAAGCUGGCAUAUAUUGAUAAUAUCAUGCACAGCCAUGAGCAACAAUUAGGACUUUCCAAUCAAGCAUGGCUAUCUCUUGAUCUCUUAGAUGUACUCUGCCAACUGGCGGAGAGAGGUCAUACUGUUUUAGUUAGUUCGAUGCUCCAGUAUCCACUCACACAUUGUCCUAAAACAUUGCUUCUUGGAAUGACUCACAUCAAAACUGCCUAUAAUCUCAUCCAGCGAGAGGUGGUAUCUGUUAUUCUUCCAGUGCUAAUAACGAAUUCCCAGGAUAGUGGUUUCAUUCUCAAGCUCUGGCAUCAGAAUGCUGAGCUCGUUCUGUGGGGGAUUUUAAAUGCCCAAAAUCUUAAAUCAGACGGCAUACUCAGAAUAAUUGAAAUCUUCCAUGAGCUUAAGAUUUUCUCUGUUGUUUUAGAAUCAGUUCCAGUCUCAUUCAGCAUCAGAUUGGCAGUCCUUGCCUCACUGAGAGGCUUUUUGGACAUUGAGAACUGGUUGCCAAACUGUCUGUAUGUGUAUAAGGACCUCUUUGCUGAGGAGUGUCUCAAAUUUGUCAAGAAUGUGCAUUUUAGCGAAUCAGAGGAUUUUACUUCCAAGCAUUUUCAUCCUUCGGAUCCUUUAUCAGAUCGUCAUUUGGAUGCAACGACUUUGCUUUUGAAAGUUUUGAAAGCUCAUGACAAUGUGAUUACUUCAUCUCAACUAGUCGAAGAGAUAGAAAAGGUCAAUUCAGCAAUCUUGGAUUGUAAUUCGAAACUGCAGAAUGGGGAGGCUAAAGAUUCCUCAGUUCCCAGUCCAUACGGAGAAGAUGUUGAGGAGGAAGCCAACGCUUAUUUCCAUCAAAUGUUUUCCGGUCAGUUGAGUGUUGAUGCAAUGGUUCAAAUGCUAUCUCGAUACAAGGACUCUUUGGUUCAAAGGGAAAAAUCAAUUUUUGAAUGCAUGAUUGCUAAUCUGUUCGAGGAGUAUCGUUUUUUCCCCAAGUAUCCCGAGAGGCAGCUGAAAAUAGCCUCCGUCCUCUUUGGUUCUGUUAUUAAGCACCAGCUUAUUAGUUCCAUCACACUGGGGAUGGCACUGCGUCUAGUCUUGGAUUCUUUGCGUAAGCCUGCAGAUUCUAAAAUGUUUCUGUUUGGAAGCAAAGCUCUGGAACAGUUCGUGAAUCGUCUUGUUGAAUUGCCUCAGUACUGCAACCAUAUUUUGCAAAUAUCUCACCUGCGUAGCACUCAUCCCGAGUUAGUCACUGUUAUUGAACAAGCACUUUCAAGGAUAUCAUCUGGUAAUUUGGAAUCAGAUGCUUCGUUUUCGCACCCUGGUCCUUCACAGUCUCUCCCUGGAAAUGGCGAGUUUAGUGUUUCUGGAAUUGGUCAGUCUCCACUCCAACUUCCUUCUCCUGUACAGCCUCAACAGAAAAAUGAAGUGCAUAUUGAUGACCACAGCAAAGUGCCAAGUGUGCCAUCUAUCGAAACAAAGCCACUUCUGCCCUCGUCAUCUAGCACUUCUGCUGAUGUUUCUGUCAUUCCUAAGAAUCCUGGCAUUUCGACUUCUUCACUGACCUCAGCUGGUUUUGUUCGUCCAGCUCGUGGAGCCACAUCAACGAGGUUUGGCUCUGCUUUGAACAUAGAAACCCUGGUUGCAGCAGCAGAGAGAAGGGAAAACGCAAUAGAGGCUCCACCUUCAGAUGUCCAGGACAAAAUAUCUUUCAUAAUCAAUAAUAUCUCUAUAGCUAACAUUGAAUCUAAAGGGAAAGAGUUCGCUGAGAUUUUAUCUCAACAAUACUAUCCUUGGUUCGCACAGUAUAUGGUUAUGAAAAGAGCGAGCAUCGAGCCCAAUUUUCACGAUUUGUACUUGAAGUUCUUGGACAAAGUUGAUUCCAAGCUGUUGUUUAAGGAGAUACUCCAAAAUACAUACGAAAAUUGCAAGGUUCUGUUGGGUUCAGAGCUCAUAAAGUCAAGUUCUGAAGAGCGAUCUCUGCUUAAAAAUUUAGGCAGCUGGCUUGGAAAGUUAACGAUUGGAAGGAAUUAUGUUUUAAGGGCGCGAGAAAUUGAUCCAAAAUCCUUGAUUGUGGAGGCGUAUGAAAAAGGGUUGAUGAUAGCAGUCAUUCCAUUCACUUCGAAGGUUCUGGAGCCAUGCCAAAACAGUAUUGCGUAUCAGCCUCCCAAUCCUUGGACAAUGGCUAUACUCGGGUUGCUUGCUGAGAUCUAUUCGAUGCCAAACCUAAAAAUGAAUCUGAAGUUUGACAUAGAGGUUCUGUUCAAGAACCUUGGUGUUGAUUUGAAAGAAGUAGUGCCAACUUCCCUUCUAAAGGAUCGGAAGAGAGAAAUAGACGGGAAUCCUGAUUUUAGUAACAAAGAUCUUGGAGUAGCACAUAUAUCUCAGUCCCAGAUGAUCUCGGAGCCUAAAACAAUUUCUCCUCUUAAGCAAAUAGAUCUACCUCUUGAUGUUGCAAAUUCAUCUAAUACAGACGCUCCCUCGAAGUUAUUAUCACAGUAUGUAGCCCCUCAACGUGCUUAUACUAAUACUUCGGUGGAAGACGAAAAAGUUGUAACUCUAGGCUUGUCUGAUCAGCUCUCGUCCCCACAAGGACCGUUCCAGUCGACUCCACCCUUUUCUGUUAGCCAGCUGUCAGCAGCACUUCCGAACAUUGGAAAUCUUGUUGUUAUCAAUCAGAAAUUAAGCGGAUUUAGUAAGCACUUUCCAUUUCAGAGAGUGGUACCACUUGCCAUGGACAGAGCCAUCAAGGAGAUUGUGUCUGGUAUUGUUCAGCGAAGUGUUUGUAUUGCUUGCCAGACAACAAAAGAGCUUGUGCUCAAGGAUUAUGCCUCGGAACCAGAUGAGACACGUAUAUAUAAUGCAGCUCACUUGAUGGUUGCUAGUUUAGCUGGGAGUUUGGCUCAUGUGACGUGCAAGGAACCCCUGCGCACUUCAAUUUCGGGUCAUCUACGUAAUUCGCUACAGGGUCCGAAUAUUAAUAAUGAAGCUCUUGAACAAAUUGUUCAACUUGUCACCAAUGACAACCUUGAUUUGGGUUGUGCUGCCAUUGAGCAGGCGGCUACAGAGAAGGCAAUACAAAAUAUUGAUGCGGACAUUGCCCAUCAAUUAUCGUUGCGGAGAAAGCAUAGAGAUGGUGUUGGAUCCUCCUUUUUUGAUCCAAACAUGCUAGCGCAAAAUUCUGUCAGUUUUAUACCUGAGUCCCUCAGCCCAAAACCGGGACAAUUGUCCCUUUCUCAACAGCGAGUUUAUGAGGACUUUGUUCAACAUCCUUGGCAAAAGCAGUCAGCCCAAACUUCACACGGUUUAUCCGUUGCUUCAAGCUCAUCUGGCGAUGUUGGGUUUGGUAAUGGUUAUGGUCCAGUAUCAGGAAAAAAUGCUUCGGACUUCGAGUCUAGUGCUGGAAAUGAUCGGACGGAUAUGGCCUACCGGGCAUCAGAUACUUCUAUGGAGAGUUUUCAAUCCUGUCCAAUUUCACUUUUAAGCUCACAAGUUGAUCCAGCAGCCGGUCUUCAAUUCUCUAAAUCCCUUUCGACAUCUGAAUUGAGCCUGGUUGAGUCCUCCGAGGCCGCUAUGAAAGAAACUGGAACAUCAUUGCAAACGUUGACUCCAGCUGCUACCAUGGAGCGUCUUAUUGGAAAUAAUACCCCACAGCCUUCUCUGUCCACGAGAGAUGCAUUGGACAAGUAUCAUAUUGUUACUCAGAAGAUGGAGAACUUAGUGGCUAAUAAUGCAGGAGAUGAUGAAAUUCAGGCUGUAGUUUCUGAAGUUCCUGAAAUCAUCCUCAGAUGUAUAAGCAGAGAUGAAGCAGCUUUAGCUGUUGCUCAAAAAGCUUUCAAGGCUCUUUAUGAGAAUGCAUCAAGUAACCUUCACAUCAGUGCUAACCUAGCAAUUCUUGUGGCUAUUCGUGAUGUUUGCAAGCGUGUUGUUAAAGAGCUCACUAGUUGGGUGAUUUAUUCAGACGAGGAACGGAAGCUCAACAAAGAUAUUACUAUUGGUCUUAUCCAACGCGAGUUGCUUAACCUAGCGGAGUACAAUGUCCACAUGGCGAAGCAUCUUGAUGGAGGGAGAAACAAGAGCGCCACUGACUUUUCUAUUUCUCUACUCCAGUGCCUUGUCACUGAGAAGUCGAGUGUCAUUUCAGAGCUACACAGCCUUGUUGAUGCACUGGCCAAGCUUUCGGCAAAAUCUGGAUCUCCCGUCUCAUUGCAACAACUCAUUGACAUCAUACGAAAUCCAGUUACUAACACAAGUGGUCUCAGUGAUAGUGCAACUGAAAACGAGAUCAAUGAUAGGCAAUCAAAGGAUGAAAAGGUUGUAUGCAAUACCAUCGCUAACACAGAAGAUAAUACCAGCUUUGAAUACGUGGAAUCAGGCUCUACGGAUUUCCGGAAACGGGUGUCCACGCUUUUUGAAAACUGGUAUCAACUCUGCGAAGUUUCGGGUGCAAAUGAAACCGCUUGUUCAGAAUAUGUCUUGCAUUUGUAUCAGACUGGACUUCUUAAGGGAGACGAUACAACAGAGAGUUUUUUCAAAAUUCUUCUGGAACUGUCUGUUGCUCAUUGUAUAUCUUCUGAAGAAAUUAGCUCUGGUGCUGCGCAAUCUCCUCAGCAAGCUCAGAGUCCAUCAUUCCUCAUCAUCGAUAUUUUUGCAAAGCUUGUUUUUUCGAUCUUGAAGUAUUUCCCUGAACAAGAGUCUAGCAGCAAGUUUUUUCUUCUGUCGGAGAUCAUGGCUGUCACUGUGAGAUCUAUUCAAAAGGACGCAGAAGAUAAAAAGGCAUCACUCAGUCCAAGACCAUAUUUUAGAUUGUUCAUCAACUGGCUGCUGGACUUAUGUUCCCUGGAUCCUGGGACUGAUGGUGCAAACUUUCAGGUUCUAACAGCUUUUGCUAAUGCAUUCCACGCAUUGCAGCCUUUGAAGAUUCCCGCUUUCAGCUUUGCAUGGCUAGAGCUGGUCAGCCACAGAAGCUUCUUGCCCAAGCUACUUACAGUAAAUGGACAGAAGGGCUGGCCAUAUGUUCAACGCCUGCUGGUAGACUUACUCCAGUUUCUUGAGCCAUUUUUGAGAAAUGCGGAACUCGGAGGACCGGUUCAUAUCCUAUAUAAGGGGACGCUGAGAGUGUUGCUGGUGCUGCUUCAUGACUUCCCGGAGUUCCUCUGCGAUUAUCAUUUUACUUUCUGUGAUGUGAUUCCUUCAAGUUGCGUACAAAUGCGAAAUAUUAUACUAAGUUCUUUUCCACGGAACAUGAGGCUUCCAGACCCAUCUACCCCAAAUUUAAAGAUUGAUUUGCUGCCUGAGAUAGUAGAAGCUCCGUGUAUCCUAUCUGAGGUUGAUGCUGCGCUAAAAGCAAAUCAAAUGAAGAAUGACGUGGAAGAGUAUCUCACUUCGAGGCAACAUGAUACAACUUUCCUAAAUGAGUUGAAGCUGAAGCUACUUGUCUCGUCCAGCGAGGCUAGUUCAGCUGGAACUCGUUACAAUGUACCAUUGAUCAACUCGCUUGUGUUAUAUACUGGAAUGCAGGCUAUUCAGCAGCUACAACAGGCGGGAGAGACAGGGGCUCAAAAUGUGGUGGCCUUGCAUAUGUUCAAGUAUUUAAGUGCGGAACUUGACACGGAAGGGCGGUAUCUGUUCCUAAAUGCAAUCGCCAAUCAGCUUCGAUAUCCAAACAACCACACUCAUUACUUCUCCUUCAUCAUGCUCUAUCUCUUCUUGGAGUCUGACCAGGUGGUCAUACAGGAGCAGAUAACAAGAGUGUUGCUGGAAAGGCUAAUUGUGAACAGGCCGCAUCCAUGGGGACUCCUGAUAACAUUCAUAGAGCUCAUAAAGAAUCCAAGGUAUGGCUUCUGGAAACAUGGCUUCAUCAGGUGUGCUCCUGAGAUUGAGAAACUCUUUGAAUCGGUGGCCAGAUCAUGUGGUUGUCUCAAGCCCCUUGACGAGGGAAUUGUCUCCGCCGGUUGGGUCUCGGAAAACUCUCAUUAGCUUUUUCAAUUUCGUAUUAUGAAAUAUGUAUAUGCAUCAUUCAUUCCAUUUGGGAUUAUGUUGUAACAAUAGAUUAUAUGCAUUUUAUUUAGUUUAUUAAUUUAUGUCAAAAUAUCACCGAUAACUUUUUCUUUUUCAAAAUGUAAACAUGUUUUCUGAUGACCAAGAAAGUUCAGUUCUACAUUCA